GCGGUGCCCAUGGGAAGCGGAGGGAAGCGCCUGAGUCGCACUUGGAGCCGCAAAGGGGUACAUUGGGGGUGAGGUCUCCCUUCCGAGCACAGCACGACCGAGCUCAACCCCACCUCAGCCUAGCCCCGCGCCUGCGCGGCAGGGCGCGGCUUGUGCCCCACCCCGCGGCCGGCGGAGGGCGAGGCGGGCCGGGCUCGCAUGCGCAGGUGCGGCCGUUGCUGCCGGGGCGGGGCUGAGCCGGGCCGGGCCGGGCUGGGCCGGGCCGGGCGCCGGUGGCUCGACCGCUUCCCUGCCGGCCCGACCGCUCGGCGCUGCCGGGCCGCGAGCCUCCGCCCGGCAGCAGCGGCCCCAGGCAGCAGGGGACAAGGAGGGUUCGGGGGCUCGCUGCUCCCGAUAUGUCGCAGUCUGCCAUGUCCGAGACCUACGAUUUCCUGUUUAAAUUCUUGGUCAUAGGAAAUGCUGGAACUGGAAAAUCCUGUUUACUACACCAAUUUAUUGAAAAGAAAUUCAAGGACGACUCAAAUCAUACUAUAGGAGUGGAAUUUGGUUCAAAGAUCAUAAAUGUUGGUGGUAAAUAUGUAAAACUGCAGAUAUGGGAUACAGCGGGGCAAGAGAGAUUCAGGUCCGUAACAAGGAGUUACUAUAGAGGAGCUGCAGGUGCUUUGCUUGUCUAUGAUAUAACCAGCCGGGAAACCUACAAUGCCCUUACUAAUUGGUUGACGGAUGCAAGAAUGUUAGCAAGUCAGAAUAUUGUGAUAAUACUGUGUGGAAACAAAAAGGAUCUUGAUGCAGAUCGUGAAGUUACUUUUUUAGAAGCAUCCCGGUUUGCACAAGAAAAUGAGCUGAUGUUCUUAGAAACGAGCGCGCUAACAGGGGAAAACGUUGAGGAGGCCUUUGUACAGUGUGCAAGAAAAAUACUCAAUAAAAUUGAAUCAGGAGAAUUGGAUCCAGAAAGAAUGGGCUCAGGAAUUCAGUAUGGAGAUGCUGCCUUGAGACAGUUGAGAUCACCACGUAGAGCACAAGCACAAAGUGCUCAAGAAUGUGGGUGUUAAAGAAACGAAACACAAAAUCCCAAAUACUUACUUUAGAUACAGAAGCUGUCCUUGCAAAUGGUGUUUGGAGAAGGUUAUGUGGUUUUAAAAAACAUCUUGCCACUAUGGACAGACAGAGCAGACUGCUGCUGACAGAACCGCGUGGUGUGGGGCAGGAACGUUCACGUGACAUACAAGUCUGCAAAGCAAACUUGAUAAUUUGGUGGACGAUAUUAAGACUCAUACCUGUAUGUAACCGUUUUCCAUUACCUAUUUUUGUUCUUUCACCUCUAGUUUAAAGCAUUGCUAUAUACUGUAAAUAAUGUAACAGUAAAUUUACGAAGCAUGGUAUACUUAUGUAUGCUGAUAGAAUGUUGCACUACAAGCAGUUUAAUAUUUUAUUUUUCUAUCAUAUAAACAGAUUUAACUGAGGUAGGCUUUGUCAUGUUUGUUUGUUGCACAAUAGUUUAUAUUUAUGACCUGAAUUAUAAAACCACUGGUACUGUCAGUGAGGGGUGGUGGUUUUAUUUUUUCCUACUCAGUUUGCCGCAUUCUAACAAGCUGUUGACAUGACUGAGUCUCAGCAUAUGGUUAGGACCCAUGAUUACAUUUACUACUAUAGUUGGAAAAGUCAUUUUUGUUGAUGUCCACAUAUCCUAUUUUAUCACAGUUCUUAAGUAACUUCUGAAGUGCUUUUAUCAAACUUCAGAAGUUUAGAAAAAAUACUUGUAAGUCUCUCAAAUGGCUGUUGACUGACUUGGAUCUUUUUUCGUGGUCCUGAUGUUUUGUGUAGCACUGGCAUCACAAAGGUGGAAUGUAUAUGUGAACAGAACUGUGCAUCUUCUGUGUGUGUUGUAAUUCCAGAGCAGGGGCAUGGGCUGAUGGAGAAUUAUCACAGCAGGAGUUUUCCUAACCUCUGACCACAACAGAGCAAUCCGCUGUGGAAAUACAAUCUCUGUUGAAUCAUACUUGGUGACGUACAAACUGAACCAAAAUGGGUGGUUCUGAAGUAUCUUGGAUGUAUGACAUUUAAAAUAUUAAUUUCUUUUACUUAAACAUUCAUGAAGUACAAUUAAGAACUUGGAAUUUUAAAAUUAGACUUUAAAAUUAGGAACUUAUGGUGUGUCUUGCUGGAGCUCUACCCUUGAACUUUGUGUGAGAGCACUGUAUGAAAUGCUGUCCACACUGCCCUCAGGAGACUCCUGUGAUGGAAGGUAAAAACCAAGCGUACCACUUACGUAGCUUUUUCUCCCUGUGGAACUCAUCAAGAAGAAUUUCAGCCUUGGUACUGAAUUUAUUUAUUUACUUUUUUCCCCUGUGUUAAAACACACAAUUCAGAUUUUCUUUCCUGCCUGUUUUGUUUUUUUUUUUUAUUGUGGGGAAGAGGUGUGGGGCAGGAGAUUAGCAAUCCUGUCCUCAUUGCUCAGCUGGAGACAGAAGAGACUUGCAAAGGGUCCAAGAGGGAGGGCUGUACCACAAGUAUUGCAUAUCAUUUUUACAGUGCCAUGACAACUGUUCAGGUAAGAGACCUGUGACUUUUGUUUUGCCAGAUAGGGAGCUGCAGAGCUAAGCUAGUAUUUUUGGAGGUAGCUGAAUUCAACCAAUUCAAGAGGGCACUUGCAGUGACAGAAAUUGCUAGUGACAUUUUUACUUAGUUUCUUGUAUAACUAGAAAUGGGAUGUCUCCUUGGAAGUGCAAGUUAACACAAAAUAAUUAAUUUGAUCAGAACCCAGUACUGAAAUGCCAGGGUCAAGCAUGUUUUAUUAUUGAUUUAUAUAUGAAUCUCUUCUGUUUAAGGGUUACUUGUCAAAUGUGUGUUUAAACCAGGAAACUGAAGUCGUGUUGUAAUUUAAAAGGCAGUUAAAGCACAAGAGCAAAGCAAGAAUGCUACACAGAGGUAUACCAUCUUUUAUGGAUUUUGGUUUGUGUUUAAAAUUAUUCCCUUUGUCCUGACAUUUUUGGUUCAAAUAGAUGCUUAUUUAAAAACUAUACACCUUAGGUCAUCUCUGUAUUAAAAGGAAUUAAGUUUGCUUUGAAUUUGAAAAGCCUACUUUUAGGUUUAAAAAGGGUGUUGGGUCCAAAGACUUCUAUGUUAUCUCUCUGUCUCCUAUGUUAUAGUUAGGAUUGGAUUUGUUAUAUAACUGGUAACAAUUAUUCCCAAGGAGUAUUCUCUCCCUGGCAGGAGUGUAUUUUUUGAAGCAGCUUAACUGUGCAUUUACAAGAACAUCAAAGAAUUCCAAAGAAACUUACCUGUCUUAAUCCUCACCCAAUAUAUUUUGGCUUCCAGUACUCAGAACUGGAAAUAGUUACCAAAAGCAAGUCCUCUGAAGUGAGUGUUGGAUAGAGUUGUCUCCUCCACCAAUCCAAAUGGCAGAUUAUUAACUGGGGUGUGUUGUGUUUCUGCCAGAGUUCUGGAAUGCUGGGAGUCUGUCCCCGCCUCAGCCUUACCACAGUCUAAUCAGGUUUCUUAGUACACUGACAAAAGUGAAAGCUGAGUACUUGCUUAUCAGCUGGGACACAGGACAACUGAAGUUAGCUGAAGGUCUCUCUCCUCUCACUGUUACAGUGGUUGAAGUGGUGUUGGCUGUUGAUCAAAACUUCUUUCCAUUAUUACAGUAGCAGUUGAAAAGAGUGGGGGACUGUUUCUUAAUCCUGUUGCUUUUAAAUAGAAAGUAUAAGCAUUUGGCUGGGAUUCUCUUAUACUUCCCUGCCCUUUUCCCUUUACAUAUGAGACUGGCCUCUUUUGUAUACUUGGUUCUUAUGGUUACUUCAGUCAAGUGUCUGGUUAAGAAGCAGUAAGCACAGUUUUAUUCUUUCUGUAACCAACUGUCUUAAGCUGUCCCCUUCCUACCUGGAAGGCAAGAAUAGUGUUGUUAUAAUGAGUUUUGACGUUUUUACCUUUUUUUUUCUCCUUAAUGUAUACUCUUACUAUAUACACAUUAACCUGGUUAAUGUGCGUGUUUUGUAGUAGCACAACUUUUUAUGCUGCAGAUCUCACUGAUGUUUUAAAAAUAAACUUUCUAAAAUGGCAACUCCUGAGGGAAAUACUGUUGGAAGUAAGAGCUCUCACCAGUGCAAGCUAUAUUGUUUACUAUUUCUCCUCUGAGGGGUUUUGCAUUUCUAAAACUAAACAUCAUGCCAAUAACAGCCCUGGAGUAGAUGUUUAAGCUUUAGCAUUAGAGUUUGCAAACCAAACCUAGCUCACCUAACUGUAAGGGAGAAAUAUGUUCAACUAUGAAUGGUUUUAGUGUAAAAUUCUUUCUUUACCAAAGCAAGAUGGCUUGGAGUUUUACAUGAAAUAAUACUAGGAUCUAUUGGAUGUGGAGCUUUAGCUGUUUAGACCUUUAAAGGAUUUAAAUGUCUUAUUAAAGCCUGUGUCUUGCCUUUUAAUGAGUUUGUUGGCCUACACUAUUUCAUUUAAUGCCUGUAUCUAGCCCCAAAUAAAGACUCUUUCUUGGUUUUC